AAGUGUGGCCGAGGGUGCCGGGAGUCAGGGUGUGGGUGUGGAGUCUUCGCGUGGGCGCUGCCCAGGUUCGGAGAACAGCAAGUGUGCGUGGGCAGAGAGCCGGCGCGUGUGCCCGCAGCGGGUCCGCGCUGGGCGGGGGCGCAGCAAGUGCAUUCGAACGCGCGGACUCCAGCGCACCGGCAUCGGCGGCGAGGGUGGAGUGCGGAGGAGUCCGGCUGGUCAGAGGGAGGAAAGAUGCGUCUGGGUAACUUUUUGCCCGCCCUGGAAGAACGAGUCGUCACGCUCGAAGGGGCUACCUUAGGCUGCCGGGCGAGAGGCGGCUCUAAUGGACCCAAAUCCUCGGGCAGCCCUGGAGCGCCAGCAGCUCCGCCUUCGGGAGCGGCAGAAAUUCUUUGAGGACAUUUUACAGCCAGAGACAGAGUUUGUCUUCCCUCUGUCCCACCUGCAUCUUGAAUCACAGAGACCCCCCAUAGGUAGUAUCUCAUCCAUGGAAGUGAAUGUGGACACGCUGGAGCAAGUAGAACUUAUUGACCUUGGGGAUCAGGACGGAGCAGAUGUGUUCUUGCCUUGCGAAGAUCCUCCACCAACCCCCCAGACAUCUGGGGUGGAUGACUAUCCAGAGGAUCUGAGCCUGCCAGUGCCCACGUCAGACAGGACCACGUCCAGGACCUCCUCCUCAUCCUCUGACUCUUCCACCAACCUGCACAGCCCAAAUCCAAGUGAUGAUGGAGCAGAUACGCCCUUGGCACAGUCCGAUGAGGAGGAGGAUGGGGGUGAUGGAGGGGCAGAGCCUGAAGCCUGCAGCUAGCAGUGGGCCCCUACCUACAGACUGACCGAGCUGGCUAUUCACCAGGUGAUAUCCUAGGCCCAGCCAGAGCCCUCUGGGAGAAGACCAGACUCUUUACUUGCAGUAGGCACCAGAGAGAAGGAAGGAUGGUGGCGUGGUGUAUCUCUCUGAGAAUUAACCCUCUCCUGCUUUACUGCUAACCUUUUCCUGCUGCAACCCUCCCACCAGUUUUUGGCUUACUUCUGAGGUAGGACUUGCAAGUGAGGAGAUGGAAGAUGAGGUAGGACAAGAUGCCACUGCUUUUCUUAGCAUUCCUUCUCCCAAACCAUCCUGUAGUCUUCAAAUAGAGUCUCUUAAAUCGAUGUCUCUAAAUGGACAUGACUCCUUAGCACUCCAAGUGAGCCAUCCUGCCUCCUUUACAUCCUUUCUGGAACAGGGCACGGUAUAAGUAAUAAAUAAAUAAUAAUAUACCAACCA